CCGCCGUCCCGAGUCCGGCCGGGCUCCGCCGCUGCCUUCCCGACCCCUCGCUGCGGGCGGGGGUAGCCCGAAGGUGCCCUAGGAACGCGUGCCCGCCCCGGGAGCAGCGGAGACCCCUCGGCGCGGCUCCCAGGGCUGCUACUAGCCGCGAAUCCCGGCCGUGCCGGAGGAGCCCCGCGGGGACCGGUCCGGGUCACCAUGUCCCGCGGGGGCAGCCGCUGGCCGGUUCGCCUGCUGGCGAUCACCUGCGUGAUGGCCGGGCCGGCGCUGAGCCAGGAGUGCUCCGCGGAGAAGAUGGAGAAUUCCAUCAUCGAUAUAAACUUGUCCCUGCCCCGCGGCGUCCGGGGCGUGGAGCCGCUGCGCGUCCCCAGCGCGGGUGCGUGUGUCCGCGCCUGCUGCUCGGGGCACCGGCUCGCAGGAGACAAUAAGUGCAAUUUGAUUACUUUUAAUGCUGCAAGAGCAAGAACACAUCCAAACUGCUACUUGUUUUACUGUCCUAGCACUGAGGCUUGUCCAAUGAAACCUGCAACAGGACUUGUGAGCUACAAGAUAACUACAGACAUUCAUGCCCUAGAGGAUAAAUCCAUCAAAACUGAGAACUUUUCUUCUAAUGAGUAUUCUUUGCCUUCGGAUGCUGGAACCUUUAUUUCUCACAGUCAGAAUAUCCAUCAGAAUCACACUGCCAGUUUGGAGCAGUCUAUCUUUCAUCAGGCAUCUGAACUCCUGAAUCACAUAGGCAAGCAUCUGGACAACAUGGAACUUCACACAGUUUCUCCUGAAUCUCAAAGAGCAAAAGAAUCUGAGAGCUUAGACCCCAUCUCAAGGCAGCAGGUAAUUAAUCUGCCACCAAACACGGCUUCUGCUGUUCCAGUUGGAAACCCCAGUGCUUCCUUCCCCACCACUGCAGGUGCCCCUGAAACCAGCAGCGCUUCUCCUGCUCCUGUGCCAGCAGGUACUGCCCACCUGGAGUCUCUUACAACCUCUCUGCAUCCUGGUGCUGCCAAACCAACCACACCCAGCCCCACCACAGCUGCCUCUCCACCUGCUGCAGCCACUGCAGCUAAACCUGCUGUCCCUGCCACCAGCAUCACUGUUACUCGUGUUCCUCUUUCCAAGCCCACAAAUUCUGCUUCUCCUUCUACAACCGUGCAGGUGACCAUGAAAUCUGGAUCUGCUACUGCCCUAUCAGGACUAAGGACUCCAGCCAUGGCUCCUGAGCCAACAGUUGUCUCUUCCAAUGAUACCAGCCAUGUGACUCUCCUUUCUUUUCCAGGUUUCAUUCUGUCCAGCGAUUCCCCCGCAUCUUCCCAAAAUGACCUUUGGGGUUAUAACCCAUCUGACUCAGAAAGCUCCCUGUCAGAAGGUGUUCUGAGAGCGAAAGGUGCCUUUCAGCUGGGGGAAAAAAGCAGCCUUGUAGCAGCUUUGUUUUUUGGGGUGAUGUUCUUGUUGCUAGUUAUUGUGCUGACAGGGAAGAAAAUCCAUGAAUCUCUUCAGAAGAGGCAUUACACCAGGCUGGAUUAUUUGAUCAAUGGAAUGUAUGCUGAUGUCUGACUGGGAGAGGGAAUAAAAUUUUGAGGAGCAUCUCUCACUUUUGAGAGGAGAACUCUGAAAUGGAACAGUAGAUAUUGAAAUCUCAGAUUCCUUUUUCGAGCUCUAAUGGGAAAGCAGGAGACAGGAGAUGGGUUUGGUGGUGAGAAGAAAUGCUCUGUCUGUGCUGAACUAUAAUGUCUGUCAUUUUUGAUUUAUUCCUAAAUCCUGAGAGUAAACAUCUAAAUCCAAGUUAAGCUAAGAAGGUCUUAUAUUUAAGGAGAAAAAGCAUUUCAUGAGCUUAAUCUGUACUGUGACAAGAUUAGUGAAAUUGAAGUACACCUAAUAAACUGAGUACCUGUGCAGCACAUGGGUGUUUUCACUGCUAUUUGCAGCAAAUACUGGAGCAUUAUACAAUUGCCUGGCAAUCCUAUUUACCCUAUUUGUAUCUUUAAAGGAAUACUUAGUAAUAGAGCUUUGCAUCCAAAUGGUUUUGGGUAUAAACAGAAAAAAAUACAUUACAUAUGUCAUAAUUUAAUUUUCCUUAUCUAAAUACAGUUUAUGGUUAUAUACAUAUCUUUAAAGUUCUUCUGCAUACAUCACAGGUAUACUUAAAACUACAUACUGCAAAUCAGAGUGCUCUCAAAGCACACCCUCUUCACUUCCAGUGUCCCCUUCAUGUGGCUGGUAAUAAGCAUGGCUGCUUAGUAACAGUUAUCUUGAUAUUCUACUUUUUUUCCAACCUAAACAACUCUAUGAUUUUAUGUUUUCCUCACUCUUCAACAGGGAGAGUAAGUGGGAACAUCUACUGCCACACAACUUCCAGUUCAUGUUACUUAAAUUUCCCUUCUCAUGCAGUCAGUCCAAAACUGGUUUUAGAAUGAAAGGCUAGAUUUCAGUGUUCAUGUCAGGUGGCAUGAUCAACAGCAAACGUCACAGCAGAGAAGGAAGGGUGCCUCACGAAUGCAAGGAAACAAUUCUAUUACAAAAUAUGAAAUUUGACUCACAUCCAAGAGAUUCUUAGAUCUGUCGAGCUUAGUGUGGUGGGAAACAGGUGUGAUCCAAAAAAUGGCCUCAAGGCAAGUUUUCUGAAAGCUCUAAAUAACUAAAUGCAGAAAAAUUCUCUGAAAAUUCCAUUAUUCAGAGAUCAAAGAAAAGUCAGUGUUCCUUGUGUCAAGAACUUGAAUUCUUACUAUAUGGAGACUGCAAAUUGCUUUUUAUAUAUAAAACCAGCUGGUCUGCUACAUUGUUUAAGUCUGACAAUGGUUA